AUGUUUACGGACGAGGAACUAGAACCUCAGCAGAUAAAAGAGGAGCAGGAGGAUCUAGAACAUCAGCAGAUGAAAGUGGAAGAGAAAGAAGUUUACUGCAGUAAGGAUGAAAAACAGAUUGAAUUAAAACAGGAGACUGAUACCUACAUGGUAGUUCCUGUUGAUGAACGAACAAACAAAACUGAAUCAGAACCAAACAGGAACCAAGUCGUCUUCCAGGAAGCUGCUGAAGCUGAGAACCAAAAUCAGGAAAGAAGAAAACGUUCCUUAUGUAUGGACUGUGGAAAAAGUUUUAAUGAUAAACAUGAUUUAUCUCAGCACAUGAAGACUCACACUGUUGAAAAGCAGUUUUCAUGUGUGAACUGUGGAAAAAAAUUUAGUCGAAAGCAGCAUUUAAGUGAGCACAUGAUGAUUCACACUGGUGAAAAACCAUUUAUAUGUGUAACCUGUGGAAAAAGUUUUAGUCUAAAACAGACUUUAACUAAACACAUGGUGAUUCACACUGAUGAAAAGCCGUUUUCAUGUGUGACCUGUGGAAAAAGUUUUCAUCGCAAAGUUGGUUUAAGUCGGCACAUGAUGAUUCACACUGGCAAUAAGCCGUUUUCAUGUGUGAACUGUGGAAAAAGUUUUAGUGAAAAACAGAUUUUAACUCAGCACAUGAUGAUUCACACUGGUGAAAAGCCGUUUUCCUGUGUGAACUGUGGUAAAAGUUUUUGUCAAAAAGUUGGUUUAACUCGGCACAUGAUGACUCACAAUGGGGAAAAGCCGUUUUCCUGUGUGACCUGUGGAAAAAGUUUUAGUCGAAAACAGGCUUUAACUGAUCACGUGAUGAUUCACAAUGGUGAAAAGCCGUUUUCAUGUGUGACCUGUGGAAAAGGUUUUGGUGUAAAACGGCGUUUAACUCAGCACAUGAUGAUUCACACUGGUGAAAAGCUGUUUUCAUGUGGGAACUGUGAAAAACGUUUUCGUCAAAAAAAAAAUUUACUUCAGCACAUAAGGAUUCAUACAGAGGAAAAGCCGUUUUCAUGUGAGAACUGUGGAAAAAGUUUUAGUCUAAAACAGACUUUAACUAAUCACAUGAUGAUUCACACUGGUGAAAAGUCGUUUUCAUGUGUGACCUGUGGAAAAAGCUUUCAUCGCAAAGUUAGUUUAACUCGGCACAUGAGGAUUCACACUGGUAAAAAGUCGUAGAAUUGUUUUCCAUGUGUGUCCUAUUUUGAGUUUCACUAUAAAAUUGAUUUGGUGAAAAAAUAGAAUAUAGCUGAAACGAUUCCUCAAGUGAUUCAAGUACAUUGAUUAUUUAAAUUCGUUGAGGAAAAUUUAUCCUCCUCAAAGUGUCACUAAGUUAUAUUUUAUUAUUUAAUGCUCCGUGUUCCAGCUGGGUUUUUACUUGCGUUGCACAGAGCUCUCACUUCCGCCUGAGUUGUUGACGAAAGCUAAGU